CAACUUCUCAGCGCGGUUACAGACGCGCCAAACCCUGAACAACCCUCUCCCGGAAAGUCAAUAUUGACCGCAUCGACACCGUCAUCACCACAUCGCCAACAUGGAGAGCCCUCAUGAACACCAGCAGAACCUACUGCUGUCCCGGGUCAUCACGAAUGUUGAGAAAUUGAACGAAGCAGUGAUGGUCAUGAACAAGACCCUUCAAGACAUCAACAUCCAGAACAUGAACAUCGAGCUUGUUGCUCAAAUGUUCAAGAACUACCAGUCCAACGUGCUGUUCCACCUCGAAGCCACCGACAAUUUGAAGGAACCGUAGAGGACGAUCCCAGAUGAGCAACAUUGCCAGGGGGGGCAGCACCUUGGAAGCCAGCACAUACUCACAUGAGCGAGCGCUCCUAGCACACUUUUGCUUCUGGGAGGAAGUAUUCAGUUGAAGUGAAUCAACAGUCUAGUGGAAUGGUAUGGGUCUGUGCAAUGCUAACGUGUCAUGGAAAUUCCUUGAAGACGAGUUAGUUCAUCAUCCAGAUGCAAGGCUAGAGUACGGGAACAAGAAGCAGUUCUUUAGUGAGAGGUACAUGGAAGUCCACAAUAAGUCUCAUCGUGAAUUGAAAGUUAUGGUGUGGUAAUGUCAUAGACACAAGCCUAUUUCACGUACCUUUAGCCCGGCUCAGAGUUAUGUCGUUGUAUGUAGCAAGUGGACAAGGUACGAAACAACCUCAUGACGGUCA